AUGGAGAAGAGUAAUGGUGAGCGAGUGAUUCUCUUCCCUACGCCCUUACAAGGCUGCAUAAACCCUAUGCUUCAGCUCGCCAACAUCCUCCACUCAAGAGGCUUCUCAAUCACUGUCAUCCACAUGCGUUUCAACGCUCCAAAAGCUUCUGCUCAUCCUCUCUUCACGUUCGUACAGAUUCCAGAUGGCUUGUCUGAAACUCAGAUCAACGAUGACCCUACUUCUGAUGUUAUGUCUUUCGUGGCGCAAAUCAACAUCAACGCUGAGUCUCCGUUUCGUGACUGCUUGCAAAAGCUGAUGCUUCAAGAAUCAGAGAGAGUAAAUAUCAUAUAA